AUUCCAGUAAUUGGGCAUUCAAGUCAGUGGUGAUUGAUUAUAGCUAGGACUGAAAUGUUUUCGGUUUGUGUUGUUUCCCAGUUAAGAUCCCAAUCUAUAAAAUGGGAGUAAUCCGCCCCCAAAGACUAUCGGAGGCGCAAAAGAGAUCAGAGAUGGCAAGUCCUUUACACAUGUCACUUAGGAGGUAGGGUCGGGUAAUAGAGCUUCCUCUCAGUGCCCCAGGACAACUCAGGAGCUCUGUUACAGGUUCACUGUUGGUCUGCACCCUUGUGCUCUGCAGAAGGACAUGCUAGGUGUCCCCCCUCCCCUCAAAGUCUUUGUUAUUAUUGUUGCCUUUUUCUAGUUCUCUUUAAUUAUUAGUGAUGACGAACAUCCAGCUACUUUGAACCAGAGUAUGUGCAUCUUCUAUCCUCUAAAAAGACCUUUUCUUCCCCCAGACUGAAAGUUGCCUGGUAUUACUCUCUGAAGAAAUGUCCUGGAAGCCUAGGUAUCUCAAAUGGGUCUAUUCUGCUUUCUUCUUUAUCACACUGCGACCCAGCUAUGCCUCCUCCAGCCAGAUAACAGUGGAUCCUCCUCAGAAUCUGAAGAUUGUGGAUCCUGGCUUCCUAGGCCACCUCAGUGUGCAGUGGCAGCCCCCCUUAACAUUGGGCAAGCUCCAGCACUGUACGGUACAAUAUGAAUUAAGAUACCGAAACACUGGUAGUGAAGACUGGGAGAUCAUCAUUACUAAGAAGCUAAAUUAUGAAGAUGGCUUUGACCUCAACCAGGGAGUGGAAGCGAAAAUCCAAACUCUCCUGACGGGCCAUUGCACAAAUGGAUCAGAUGUUCACAGCAAAUGGAUACAGACGACUUUCUGGAUUCCCUUGCAAGGAGAGCCAGAGACCAAAAUCCGGGAAAUGCAAUGUACUUAUCAUAACUGGAAAUCUCUACACUGCUCUUGGAAACCAGGAGAAAAAAGUCCUGAUGGGGCAAAUUAUAACUUAUAUUACUGGUAUGAGGGCCUAGAACAUGCUCUCCAGUGUGCCGACUACGUAGAAUCUAAUGGAAGACAUGUUGGAUGCUGGUUUCCAAACCUGGAGCUUGCGGAGUAUCAAGACUUCCACAUUUGUGUCAAUGGAUCUUCGUUAGCCCUUCCAUUGAGGGCUAGCUAUUUUACUUUUCAACUUCAAAACCUAGUGAAACCUCAUCCCCCUGAACAGCUAAACCUGACUCAGAGGAAACCAGAAGAGCUUCACUUGGAAUGGAAGCCCCCUGAAGGACCCAUCCCCUCUCAGUGCCUGACAUAUGAAGUUCAGUUCCAAGAAGAUGAUGCUUCCCGGAUGUUCAGAUCAACAGAGAGAGAAAUGAUCACCCUUCAAAAGUCCAAUGGCAGCCGAAGGUUCUGCGUCUGGGUCAGAGACAAAGUCAAUAUUUACUGUGCCAAUGAAGGGUUUUGGAGUGAAUGGAGCUCCCAACAGUGCUUGGAAGAGCAUCAAGAAGAUGAUGGGUGGCUGCUCUUUAUCAUUAUCCCGGUCACUUUAAUCAUGCUAAAGGCCAUUCUGCUAGCUUUGUUGUUUGUACAAAAACAGAGAGCCUGUUUGAAGCAGGUUCUUGGCAAAAAGGAAGUCCAUUUCUACCAAGAGGCGAUCUGCUGACAAGCCAUCUUCCUUCCAGCCGCACAUCCCACUGGCUGCCCCUUUGCUUUCAUAGCAGGAACAGGGGUUGAACCUUACUUGUUGACACCCCGAGGAAGUCUUCUGGCAUCUAGCCUCCUGUGGACUCACCUCUGAGAGCAGCAGUGGCAUAUUUCAAAUGACUUUAGAUCAUACACAUAAACACACACACAAGUGUGUAUAUAGAAAUACAUAUAAAUAUUUGGGGGAGGGGGCAGGGGUUGCUUAUAGAAAAAAUGACCUUAUGUUGUAAGCUUUUCUAGUUCCUACUAAUAAGCCUGCUUCUCAUGAAUCUUUAAUGUUGCACAAUGGAAAGCCCAGGGAUAAGUCUGUUUUUUUUUUAGUGAUCUGUUCGCAAAAGCAUGUGAUUUCAUAACUUGUCCAAAGCUGAGCCACACAGACUUUGCCAAAUCCUGAUGAGUUUUAAGUUUGUCAAAACUUGCCCUUUAGGUAAGUUCCUGGACUGUGAAUCACAUUAUUUGGAUGAAAAUCUAGCUGCAGGCAUGAUGGAAUGACAAGGAAAUAUUUAAGAUGCACGCACCCGUUCUCCGGAUCCUAGUGCCUCAGGUGGCAUGACAAGGAUGAGGGGGUGAAUGUGUGAGUGUGAGGUGGGGAGGGAGGAAACACAGUGCUUGGUGCUGGAAGACGUGACAUGGCCCAGAGGUCAACUUUGAGCACUUAGUAGAAUCCACAUGCUCUAAAGAGAAAGCUGGGGACUUUCCUGUGCUUCCUGGCAGCUUUCCCCAUUUUCAGAUUGGGCAGUAAAGAGACCUGGAGCCCAAAGGAAUAGACUGUGAAAUUAGCAAGGAGCUAUUAGAAAAGGCCAUCCGACUGACAGAGCCAUCCCAGCCUGAAGAGAAUUCAGUCAUGUCAGCUUCAUGAAUUAAGAAUGGCAGCUGUCAACUCAGGGGCUUGUGCUGGGCUAGGAGAUGCUUUGAAAGUGAGUCAAAUGCAUAUGGCUGGGGUAGGAUUUGGGACAGAAUUGUUGAUAGGAAGAAAGAGUCUGUAGGAUGCAGUUGUAGAUGAAGUGAUAUGCCAUGGCCCUGUGCCUUCUUCCAAGGGAGAACAACAUCCAGCAGUGUCAGUGUGCCCCUAGAUCCCUUGGUUAUCUCUACUAGCUAUCACUAGUACUGAGGGCAAGGAAAAGGAGACAUGGCCCCUGGCUUUCAUGAUGACAAUCCAGCUAGUGAGAGGACAUAGAUGCCUGAAAAAACUCAAGGCAAGAAUAAUGGGAAUGGACAGGUAUUUUGAUAGCACUAUGAGGUUUAUAGAUAUGAUCUCAUUUGAUCUUCACAGUAUCUCUGGGGGCCAGUCUCUAGCUCGGGUCUGGUUUGAUCCAGAUCUGUGAUUCCAUCUCUUUCAGGUCAGCAUCUUGUCUGAAGUUAUGGACUUAGAGGGUUGCCGAGAGGUUGAAUGAAUUGCUCAGGGUCAUCAGGUAGGUUUUGAGCCCAGGAAUCUAAUUUGGCCAAUAUUAAGUCCUUACCAUGGAACUUGCCCUGUGCUAAGGGAUGGGGACACAAAAGUCGGAAGCAGUCAUUGCUAUCGAGGAGCUCACUGUCAAACUGGACAGUUGACAUAUAAGCGCUUAGGUGCCAACAGAAUCUAGACAGUGGAGAUAACUGGAGAUGAUCCAUCGAGGGAAGGCACCAGCAUUAAGAGGGUCUGGGAAAGGCUUCUGCUGGAUUAUGGGUCUCUAGCUGAGACUCCAAGGAGGGAAGCCAAGAGCUCUGGCUCUAAGGCCUAUCUUUUCUCUAUUCUCCCUCUAGGUAUCAGGAACCCAGGGAGGAGGAGAGCUAGAGGGGAAAAUGAGAGUUACUUUCAAGUGUCCAAAAGGCUGUGUGAAAGAGAGUUUGAGACAUUCUGCUGGCCCUUAGGAGCAGGAUCUGGAACAAUGGGUUGAAGUAACAAGAAGGCAGAUUUAGGAUUAUUUGUAGUAAAAACAUAAAGCAAGACUGAUCUAGAAAACAGUUGGUCCUUUAGCAGGCUUAGAGUCAUGGCUAGAUGGUUAUUCAGUGAGUCUUCAUGAGGUCCAGGUUGGCCUAGAUAGUUCCAGAGGCCCCUUCCCAAUCCUGGGAUCCCAUCGAUUUGGUGUUAGUAGAGGGAACAGUGGACAUAACCCUGGCUCUGGAGUCAGGAACUGGGACCAAGCCCUACCUCAGACACUUUGAGGCUGUGACAUUGAGCAAAUCCCUUCCUCUCUCUGGGCCUCAGUUUCCUCACCUUCUGUUCCAGCUUUCUCUAUGAAUAUAAAUGGAUUAGAAAGAAGAGGGAGAAUUUUCAGGUAAAGGUAAAAUUUGCAGGUAAAGAAAAUAGCAUAAGAACCUGCUAACAUUCCAGUGGAUUGGUGAGCUUCUUAGUAUUGCCUCCAGGUCUGACCCCCCUGUGAGACUCUCAUCUGCUUUUCCCACAAACGAAUGCUCAGGAGGCUUCUGUGAGGUCUCUUAACACCAUUAGGGUAUCUGUCAGUGGGGCACCAGAACUUUUCCUCAGUUUCCUUUGAUCUCAGUCCAUGACCAGCCCCUGAGCACAACUUCAGGAAAUCUCAGUUGUGCUUAAAAGAGCUUUUUACAUAUUUGGAGCAAAAGGGGGUAUUAAAAAUGAUGGGCAAUGGCAUUCUGCCAGAUGCUGCAGUGGAUAGUGUAUCGAGCCUGGAGUCAGGAAGGCCUCAGUUCAAAUCUAGCCUCAGAUACUUCCUAGCUCUGUGACCUUGGGUGACUCACUUCACCCUGUUAGCUCCAGUUUCCUCAUCUGUAAAAUGAGGAUAAUAUCAUCUACCUCACAGGGUUGUUGUGAGGAUCAAAUGAGAUUUUAUAUGUAUAAUAAAAUAUAUGUAUAUAUGUA